CAGAAAGUGGUUCAGAGCUGAUCUGACCAAGCUCUGAAUUUUAAUUAGAGACUGCUCGUCAACGACCCGCUUUCCAGUUUGCAGCUCGGUGCUGAUGAAUCGGGUACGCAAGCUCGCGUUUAAAUCUAACCCCCUCUCUCCUUUUCUCCCUCAGUCCAGACAUCUCGUCAGUGUGAGGCAUUCUCCGUACUUCACCCAUGGACGGCUCGCCUCCAGAUCUCGCAAGCUCUUGCUACAACCCGCCGGCCACCGAAGCCAGGAACGGCCAUUGUUCCUCGGCAUCCAGUCAGCAGAAGGAAGAGUUCAAGAUGGAGAAAGGCAACGAAAUGAGAAUAACUGAAAGCGCGCAGUCAGGCGAUCUGGUGGAGAACAGAGGUUUACUGGAAAGCAGUCAAAAGCUGAAACCCCACGAAGCCCAGAGUUACCGCAGGAAGGCAUUGUGGGUGUCCUGGAGCUCCAUCGUUGUCACUCUGUCCCUGGCCGUAGCCGCCUUCACUGUUUCCGUCAUGAGGCACAGUGCAUCAUCCUUUGGGUUUGCUUUUGACGCUACGUUGGAUGUAUUAUCUUCUGCAAUAGUACUGUGGCGUUACAGCAAUGCAGCGGCUGUGCAUUCUGCCUAUCGGGAGAAUAUAGCUUGUGUCAUCUUGGGUGUUAUUUUUCUUGUAUCAACUGUCUGCAUUAUUGGCAAAGCCAUUCAUGACCUUGCUACAAAGCUGCUUCCGGAAGUGGAUGAUUUCCUUUUUAGUGUAUCCAUUAUAAGUGGAAUCCUCUGCAGUAUUUUGGCAAUGGUUAAAUUUAUGCUUGGUAGAGUCCUCACAAGCAAAGCCCUGAUAACUGAUGGCUUUAACUCCUUAGUUGGAGGAAUCAUGGGAUUUUCUAUACUGAUCAGUGCAGAAGUCUUCAAUCAUUAUGCUGGGGUCUGGUAUUUGGAUGGCACAAUAGGGAUUCUCAUUGGAAUGAUCAUUCUUGCGUAUGGAAUAAAGCUUCUGGUUGACACAGUCCCACGAAUUAAAGCAACUCAUAAUUACGAGACCUUUGAAUGAUGGACAUGACGAAAGCAUAUAGUGACGCUCAAUUCCACAGGAAGGGAGGUAUUAAGACCUGGAAGGAAUCACUAAAGUUAACCAAAUCACAGUAGUAACUGGAAAAAUGCUGCAGUUGCCUGUGCCCAGUUUGAGACACAAGAAAACACUUUCCUCAAUGCAUAAACACAUUUGCUAAAUAUAGUGGACUACUAAAAUUUGAGGCUGAAGAUGGUGUUCUUUGCCCUGUCUAUUUAAAUAGUAACAAGCAUAUUGUUAUUGACUUUAAAAACAAUGUAGACUAUAACUGUCAGCUGUUUGACCAAUAAACCUCACAUCAAUUGCCCAUUCUACCAUCUGAGGUUCUAUCCAUUUGGAGGGUUGAAUCUCAUUCCCAUGUCCAAAACAUGGGUGGAGAGGGCACAGAAGAUGGGGGUAUGGUGUUGGUUGAGGGGGGCAGGAAGAGGUACUGACCCCAACCCCACCUCUGCUGAUUUGGCCUGCAGGUAGUAAAUCAGGAACAUUGGAGCCCAGGUCAGCUCAUAUCCAUGUGGAGUCCAGCUGUGCUGCUCCUGUUUGUGUUCCAAAAAAAUGUAUUAAAACUUUUUUCCUUUGAUUUCCUUGGAUACACAAGUCAAAAUUCAAUUAGGGAUUAAAUUUACAUCAACUAUUUCCCAUAAGGCACAUUUUCAGUGUGUUAUUAACAAAAUUAAAAGUAAUCCUAUCACAUACCACCUUCCUAAUAUUUCUUCCAGCAUACAACAGAGCUGUUAAAGGUAACUCGUAUGAUUUCUGUUGCUUUGAUUAGAACCUCAGAUUUGAAAUUCCAAUUGUUAUGGCAAAAUGAGAGAUGCAUUUAAGGUUUUAAUAACAGAUAAUUAACACAUUUCUGUAAGAAUGUUAAAAUUUGCUGAGCAUUGACAAAUUUAAUUUCACUGAAUAAUUUGAUGCCAAUUAAAUUUAAAGAGACUAAACAUCACUGAGAAUCUAUAUUGCCAGAAAGGUAAACUGGGAAUAGAAUCCACUUCCAUCACAAGGCAUACAGUGCCAAACUUUUGCCUCAUUAAUUGGUUUUCAUUAUUACUUUUGAAAAUAUUUGCAAUUUCAUGAACUAAGUAUUUCAACACAUUUACCUAAAAUGUUGCAAUGGGUCCAAUUUUCACUUCUAAUAAUUGCUGACAAUGAAGUUAUUUGUUUUAUUCUGACAUCUCUUCCACACACCAGAAUGAUUCUUAAUCUUUUUAACUGGACAAUUUGAUUAAGUCUGUUAUUAGAUGAUUCUAAAUUAGAGAACCUGACAUAUUGAACUAUGAUUUCACUAUAAUUCCUCAACUGAUACCAGAUUUGAAGAUGCACAGUAAAAUCAAAAGAUAAUCUAUAAUUCCAAAUUGUUAAAGCACGUGAACCUCUAGCAGCUUGCUCUCAGUUACAUCCAACCUACUGGAGAUCCUGAAAAUGCUCCUAUGAUUAUUAAUAUAGCACUCAAAUGAAGAAUGCUAGGUGGUGGUGUUAGGAAAUAACAAAAGCCUCAUUUUCCUACAAUAAUUAGGUCAUCAUUAUACAAUUAGGUUGAAAAAUGAGAUUCUGCUUGCUGAAUUAGAAUCAAUUCUAGCAUCAAUUCCAUCAUUCUUAGUUUUGCUUUCUAGUGGCAUUAAGCCAUUUGGUUGUCUUAAGAUGUUGGUGAUCUUAGAAUAAAUUACUCAAAACCCUCAACUGGGAUCUAAUCUAUAAUGGGAAAAUAUUUCUUAUUCAAUAUGGAAUGCUUAUCAAAAUCAGAAAUUUAAGUGAAGGAAUCAAUGUAUUUGACAAUUGUAUCCGCAAGCUCUUUGAUUAAACAAAGCUAUAAAUUAUUCCUACUUGAGAAUCUUGUAACUUCUUACUUCUAAAAUAUCUAACUUUUCCUUUGUAAUGCACAGUAGUCCUUAAUUCAGUUACUUGCUGUGGCAAAAUAUUCCAAACUCAACAUUUUCUUAUACAAGUAAAAUGUUACGUGAUUUCCACUACUUAAGAAAUCAACAAUUUAAAAACUGACAGCAUUAUCAGAAUAGUUUAAAAUCAAAAAAGAUAAAUUUGGACUUUCACAGGGUUAAAGGGUGAACAAAACUGCCCCAAUAAUGACAAAUUUCCCCCAACCCCAAUAGGAUUAACAAAAUAUGCAGAUAAUUAGUGGAACAGCAUGGAGCAGCUAUCUGUCAAUCAUUUCACAAUUAUACUGGGUAAUACAUCUACUUCAGAGAAAAAAUAUUAGCAAGCUAAACUUCUGGCAUUGCUGUUAAGCUGGUAAACUAUUUCAACAUGGUCUAGGUAUAAGAUUUUAAUGAUUGUAAAAAAAGAUAAAUAGACAAGCUAACUAAUAGACCUGAGCCAAUAUUAGCCAGAAAACCUUCUCAAUAACUUAGAGUACCAUUACAUACAAUUAAUAUAUAUAAAAAUCAAUUUUUUUUAAAAUCAAACUCAGAGGAGCAAUUAUGCCUAGGCUCUAGGAAAUAUGUCCUAGACAUAAAACAGAAUAGACCAUUUUUGAAAUCAAAUUUUAAAAUACUGUUUUUGUACUAGGCUUUUAAGAUAUUUUACAUGUAAUUUAAGUACCCAAAAUUAAUUAAUAGUUGAAAUUGUGCUCUUUUAUCCCCCCCAAAGGGAGCUCAGAGAGAAAAAAAAUCUUUAAAUAAUGCAAAUAAAAGUUGAUUAGAUCCUUAAAUCUCAAUUAGGUCUCCAAACACUAUCCAAAAAUUAAGCAAUAUUUUAAAUUCUGUACAACUGAAAGGAUGAACCAAAUUAAUGUGCAGGAGUUGCUUCUAUAAAUGGAGUAUAAUUUGACAGUUGUAGAACUUAUCUAUGGCAUUCUAAUGCUAGGAAGUGUCCCAAAUUGACUUAACACAAAAAAUUGAUUUAAAGCCAAGGAAUAACAUUAAGCUGCAUGACUAAAUGUUUAUUUAAGCAGUUUUUUUUCCAAAUGAGGGGUUUUCGAGGUAGAGAGAAGGUCUAGAGAGAAGAAGUCUAGAGAGUGGUGCAAAUUAAACCACAACUUCAAAGCUGCCACUUCUCUACAGUCUGUGGUAAUGUUCAGUGGAGAAAAAAAAACUAACAUGAAAACUUUUGAUACUGGCAACAUAUAAAAUGAAAGGCACAGAGUAAUUUUUUGCUCUUUUUUUAUUCUGAGAGAAACUUUGAUCAAGAUUUGAGUUAGGUGAAAGCAGGGAACAGUCACCUUUGUUCUUUCUAGCUGUCAUUUAAAAUUCUAAAAGGUGUCUGUAUCAUUCUGGGAUACUAUUGAAAUCCUCAGUUUUUGAUAAUGUUCAAGUCAGAACCAUCACAAGAUAGCCCUGGAGGGUUCAGUGAAACUAAGUUCCCAACCUCAGGGAAGGCCAGAUUGGGUAUUUAUUUAGUGUAAAUAAAUGCAUAUUGUGAGCACAAUAAUUGGGAUUUAAUUUGGUCUGCACUUUGCUGGAGUUCUCAUCUUACUAGUUUAAU